AUGCCUAGAAAGGCGUUCCUCCACGACCUCCACGAGGCUUCUACGCCCGGGAGGUUCCCAGCUUUGACGAACGUGAAGUCUGGCGAGGACGAUGGCACCUUGUCCUGCUCCUUGAUUCUCAGUGAAGAUCCCAGGCAGUCGGUGGACCUUGAGUUCAUGGUCACAGACAUCUCACUGUACCCGAAGGAACAUGAGUUUCUUAUCUACACUACCUCAGAAGAUGUCCCCCAGUACGUUACUGAAGUGCUUGGACAGGCUCAGCAGGCAAUUAGCCGCCUGGAAAUUCCGGACAUGCUAUCGCAGCUCAGCUAUACAUUUCAGAAAAAAGUGGAACCGGAAAACGAUGGACAAUGCGAUUUUGCUGACGACAUUUUUCUAAAUGAAGAUGAGGACUCGGUUUAUUCUGGAAUAGAAGACGCUAUUCCGGAUUUAAAUGAUGACGAGUAUCACUUUUCUCCUGUUCCGCAGCAGACCCAGCUAACUCACCCGGACACUAUCACAGAGGAGAUACAAGACUCUGAGGAACUGUUAUGCAAGAUAUCAGAAGACUUGAAAACAGCGAAACUGGCCGGCUUCCGCGUGGGAUAUCUAGGGAAUAAGCUGUGCCCCAUUAUUUCUGUUUCAUGUCGCAUUUCUAAACUUGGAAUAUCAGAAGACGCAAUGAAGGCAUGGCACAUCAAGGAGACGCAGUAUUUGGUUUGUCUUAUUCGGUACAUUGGGAAAUAUCAAUCUCUGGAAAACCUGCUCCUUGAACUAACCGGAAAAUCAUCGGUCGAGGUACGCGUUGGCAUUUGCAACGUGUAUAAACCUUCUAUAAGCACUGCCCUCCAGAUGUUUGACCAAGUCGCCCAAGGCGCAAAGUCCCGCGUUGCUAUAUGUGGGAAUGGCUCACCAAACAAUGACGACAUUGUAUACUCUUUUAUUAGCGGGCCUCUCAAUGCCUUGUUUAAUGAAAGAUUUAUUAAGAUACUACGCUAUAGACACGAUUUUGGUCAAACUUGGUCUGGGGCAGAACGAUUUUUCAACGAAUGUCAGGGUAAACCCGUCGGCAGCUCGGACCCAACAUCUCAUAUCUACCAAGAGCCGGAUAUUUCUGAAGAGAAAGCUGCCAUGCUCCCAAGUGCUCUCUCAGCAGAUCAUCUGUUGGAAAAGAAUGGUUCAGGGGCUUCCUUCCCUCUGAUAGCUAUGCAGUUCAUGCUCCGUCAUUUCGUAAGAUGCACGGAGUUCUGUCUUGUCUGUCAUUGCAAGACAAAUGAUAAUUACGAGGCUCUAAGGCCUUAUGUUUGCUCCAAGAGUUUAUGCCUAUUCCAAUACAUGACCUUAGGAUUCGGACCUAGCUUGGAAUGGGAGAUCAUGACGCAACCUUAUGUGGUUGACUUGCUGGUCAGCUUUACUUAUUCUAGCGCGACUCGACAUCGCCUUGUCGACCCACCUACAGGACUUGGGAUUAUGGUUCCAGGCGGCAUGCACGAUGCAAAUUACAAAAAUCUCUGCAGUGAUGCCGUGGAAUCUACAGCCAAUUCUCACAGAGAAGUACGCUUUGAAGUAAGCUUUGACGAAUCAAAUAUGACUAUGAGUUUUGCUGGCAGUAUCCUGAACCAUCGAGUAUGCGUGGGAGACUGGUUAGUCAUUAUUGACGAAGGGCGUUAUCUCCAUUGUCGUAUCACCGAUACAAGCUUUUGGCCUUCAGUUGACAUUUCAAGCCCAAUCGAGGUAUCAAAGUCUCGAGAGGCCAUAGAGAAUGAGACAAUGCCAAUUCCUAAAUUGGUCAAGGCUGCUUGGUAUGGACAGAACUUCGAUGAUCUCAAUCCAAAGGCACAGCAUCAAAUGAUAGUGUCUCUUCUCGAUACCCUUCCAACAGUAGUUGAAAUGAAGCAGUACCUGAUGGAGAACUCUAGGGGCUCGCAGCCCACACUUUCACAAUGGAAAGAUAGGAUUUCAAAAUCUGCUCUCGAUCUGUUACGAUGGAUAGUCGCAUCAAACCGUUCGUGCAUCAUUCAAGAUGACCCCGAUCCGACAGAAGACAGUGCUGACACCAACCAAGCCAAUGAUGACCGUGUUGGCGGAGUUCCUGGCUAUAUGCAAUUUCGUUUUGCGCAGGGGGCUCCAGACAAGGAGGAACGAUUUUUUAAAGCCGUCAUAACUAAAAAUGAAAACUUUAUACACCCUCAUGCUACCAUUUUUGCAUGGCAUGGUAGCCACCUCUCGAACUGGCACGGCAUUCUACGCGAAGGAUUGCACUUCAAGGAAAUCGUGCAUGGACGAGCAUUUGGCGAUGGUGUCUACAUGAGCACAAGCUUCGCUACGGCUGCAGCCUACAUUAGUUCUAAUUUAGGUUGGAGCUUUGGGUCUCCUACUGAAACGUGGCCCAACAGCAAGUUAGGAGUUACCGGCGCAAUAUCGUUGAACGAAGUGGUGAAUUCUCCUAGUGAGUUUGUUAGCACCUCACCACAUCUGGUUGUAUCUCAGCUGGAUUGGAUUCAAACGAGAUAUCUAUUUGUUCGAUGCUCCUUAAACAAGGAAAUUGGAGUCAAUACACCAUCAAUAAUACUUCCAUAUUAUCGUCAAGAUCCGAAAUACGUUGCCCUCGGCCCAAAUUACAAGACAAUCACAAUUCCUUUGUCUGCAUUCAGCCAGAAGCGCCGCCUUGCUCUGGGCAUGACAGCUGUCAGCUAUCCCCCGACAAACGCUCCUGCUAAUUUCCCUACAAAACAAGAUAACGUCGUUGCAAGUUCAUCAACCAAGAAAACUAUAUCGAUACCCCAGAGCCAAGCUGCUCAGGGCCGAGGCUCCACCUCCGGCUCGGCGAACAGCCACGCGGGAGUAACCCCAAGUUAUUACACUAAUAAUACCCCUUCCCAGCAGACUGCUGGUUUAUUUAUAUCAGGCAAACCCAAUCAUGUGGAAACCGACGGGUAUCUCAGCGACGAGACAGAUGUUGAUGAUCUCAAUAUCUAUAUAGAGGCCGACAGUAUUAGGAGUAAACAAGCUAAAGACAACAAUCUACAGCAGUUCCCUCAAGAGAGUGGCACCAAGGGCAAAAACAAGGCCCAGAAUGAAACAGACUUUAUCCCCGGGACCCUGGAUUCAGCGUCUCUCCCUAUGAUAGCAGCACCGGACAACGCAACUCCCUCAGCAACGGCAUCUCUCCAGCGUGACCUACGAGGAGCGCUUCGUAUUCAGGACAACGAGCCGCUGGCUGAUCUGGGCUGGUAUAUUGACCCAAACUUAGUCGAGAAUGUCUACCAAUGGAUUGUGGAGCUACAUUCCUUUGACCCUUCUCUCCCCUUGUCUCGGGAUAUGGCAAAAGCAGGAAUCAAGUCUAUUGUUUUAGAAGUUCGCUUCCCCCAGCAAUACCCGAUGUCGCCACCAUUUGUUCGUGUUAUUCGCCCCCGAUUUUUGGGAUUUCAACAGGGUGGAGGUGGCCAUGUCACCGCUGGUGGCGCACUUUGCAUGGAACUCCUAACAAACUCUGGUUGGUCCGCCGUGUCUAGCAUCGAGAGUGUUUUAUUGCAGGUUCGCAUGGCAAUUUCUAGUACAGACCCUCAACCUGCAAGACUAGUUCCUGGCCAGGAUGCUCGGAAGGACAGGAUUUUGGAGUACGGUGUUGCGGAAGCUGUAGAAGCAUUCGUUAGGGCGUGCAAGGCUCAUGGUUGGCAAAUCCCAGCGGAUUUCCACCGAGAGUCCAAGGCCGCCUUGGCUGCCGAAGCAUCAUCUUAUAAAAAUUGA